AUGGAGCCCAGCACUGACCCUUCAUAUUCCAGGCCAGGGCCGCCUGACCUCCUGGCCAUCCGCUGCCCCAGCUGGAGGCUUUGCAGGCCACUCAGGGCCCCUAAGGGUCCUGCCUUCCUGCUGCCUGGGUCUGGGGCGGCCUGCAGGGACCCCACGGCCGCUGGCCUGAUCCAGGAGCUGGGCCUGCACUUCAGCCCCUCCUUCACUUCCCCGGAGGGACGCCCGGAGGUGGGACCUGGGCAUGACAGACCCUCGGCAACUGCCACAGAAGGUCUGCCAUUAAAGGAACUGUGCAAACCCCGCCGCGUGCUCUGCGCCCUGCCUCGCCUGCCCCUCGGCGAUGUCCGUGCGGACGUGUCUGCCAUCCGGCAGGAGGUGGCCGCAGGGCCUCUGCACCAGCACCCUGCUGGCGGGGCACCGUCCCUGGCACCUGUUCACCCUGUCGCCUCCAGCUCUCUGCCAGAGCGGCACCUCCCCUGGGCCCCUCCCUGGUCUGAGUCAGCCCCCCAGGCCCCAGAGGCCCUUCCUGGGACCCGCGUGGCCCCUGCCCCUGCUGUGAGGGCCGCCGCUGAGGGCCGUGCUCCGGCUCUGGCCCCGCAGGUGCGGCUGCAGACAGCUGGCCCUUCCCGGGAUGCCUGUGGCGUGAAGUCAGCUGCCCGGUCUUCGCUGACGGCCGCACCCCGGCUAUUCUGGGAGCGCGAGCUCAGACCCUGGCCGUGCUGCUCCCAUCCCCCGAGCUCCAGGGAGUCUGGUCUAGGAAGGGGAUGCUCCCUUCUCUGUCUCGGCCCCAGAGCCCCCGCGGGACACCGCUGCUCCGGCUGGGGUCGGGGUGGGCCUCGCUGGGCCCCCGGUGGGGGCAGGGCUGCCACGAGCUGCAUCCCUGGCCAGCUGCUGCUGCUCGGGGCCUCCGGAGCCUGUCCCCCCGGUAGAGACGACCCCGGGGGCUUCAGCUGGGGCCUCGGUCUGUCCCGAGGGAAGCGGCCAGGGUCAGCAAGGCCUGCGGCUUGGAAAAGCCGGCCGAGUCGCCUUCACUCUGUCGAGAGGAGCUGUGUCCGCUCCAGCCCUGUGUCCAGGCCCUCACCAGCACAGUCUUGA